AGAGAGAGAUUCUUGUUUGGUGGACACACAACGUAGAGGACGAAAGGAAAGGGAGCAUGAGGGCUGUGAUAAAUCUGAGACCAAGGGCAGGGCAGCUGUCGCCACGGACCUACACUGACAUAGAGGCUAUGAAAGCGGAUUUUUAAAUCGCGGACCAGUUCAUAAUCUCCAACGGUUUUCCCCUCCACAUCAUCUCCCAAAAUUGCGCACAGCUGGCUGCCCUCUCCAACAUACAACCGGUCUCUCCCGGACAAAGUUUACUUCGGUGUCCCUUUUUGAUUGAUUGGUAUCUGCGAAUAGGAUACUCCGUCUGUGGGUCAGCCUGGCGCUCCACGUAAAGGUAAGAGAAUGCGGUCUGCCCUCUGUGUUUUUAUAAAAGAGGUGAUGUCUCCGUGAUUUAUGGCUAGCCUACUCGGUUGAGAUGACGGUUCAGGAAGACUUCAUCCAAAAGCCAUUAGCGCCGGUUAAGGCAUGCCGUGCACGCAGCCUACCAGUAGCCUACCUACCCAUCCCUGCCCGGUCUCAUGGCAAGUCGUUUCUCCUCAUUCCUUUUUCAUUCAUUCAUGAUAUUGUGAUUAGACCAUGGAAUCUUACUGAAAGUGAUCGUGCCUCGGGACUUGAGACUCUUAUUCAUUACUCCAUAUAACUCCUUAUUCAUAACUUGUGCAUAACUCCAAGCAUGUGCGUUAUUUAUUAUCUUUCGACAGAAAACUUGCAUUUAACACCUUGAGCAGUGAACAGUGCUCGCUCAAGGACCCCAUGCAUCAGCGUCAGUUUUUGUCUGGACUGGACAGCAGCCAUUAUUGCACGGCAAGAAAAAAAGAGUUUGUAGGCUACGCCAUGGACAGCCGCCGGUUUUUCAGGUUUUACCCCCACCCUAAUCUGUCCAGUGAGCUUGUAGACAGAGAGAUAGGUCACGCGUACCGAAGAGCGGAGAGACAGCCUAUUAGCCCACAGGCCUGUGGUGGUCCUGAGUUUUACCAUCCCUUUUAACCCGUUACGACAAGGCGUUAUAAAAUUGCUGUUACCAGAAUGGCAAUGGCGAAGUCGUAAUGCAUUACUAAAUGCCCCGUGUUAAGUCAUAGUAUUGUAGUACUAUGGUAGUUAACUUUUCAAUUGCUAUUACAGCGUGCCACUGGGGGUACGGUGUGCAUUAAGGGGUUGCACCGUAAACAAUCGAACGAAAUUGCAUUAUAAACUACACCAAAAGGGAAGUGGGUGAAGCCAACCGAAUACACCCUAUUUAAAUAAUAUGCCUAGUCUACCACUCUGAGCAAACCCAUAAGGAUUUAAGAUGUGGAAACAUGCAGAUGCUGUUGUUAGUUUGUUUUAUCUUUGUUCUUAUUAAUAUCUACAAUACUAUACAUCCUUAUUUAAAGAUAUAUUUACGCUCCCCUGUGCACGCUUGCGUUAUUAUUUUUUUUAAACGAACCUACGCGUACCGUCAACUCUUUCUAUACGCACUUAAACAGACUACGUAGUAUACAUGGUCUAUAAAUUAACCCAGCUCUAUCAAACUGAACCUGCUGACCUAACUGAUUUUCCUUUUUACUUCAGAGAUUACCGAGGAAAGACACGACUUGAAAGUCCUUCGCCUGGACCAUAAUUGUCACCGUUCCUGCACUGUCCUCCUAAGAUAUGCAAAAAGACAUUUUCUACAUGCAGUAUGAAUGUGGAAAUGGCCCCACGGUUGUCCCCAGACCACAGGUACAUUCUCAAGUCGACCAAGAAACACACUGCUACCGGCAUCCGGCGUGCGUUUGGCCGGUUUCUGACGAUCGCUCCACUGUCUCCAAUAAACCAAGACAGGGCCCUGAGCACAACCAUCCGGCCUCCACCUCGCCUGUCUUCUGUGGCAACAACCACAUACAAUCGCCCGAUACUCAGGACUCAAGCCCCAGCAACAAGUCCGCAUCCUGUGGUCUUAUUGGGCAAGACUUACCAACGCACACGCAGAAUCAAGCUUUGGCUUGGAUGAAGGGGACCAGCCAAAGGUCCAAACAAAAUCCGUACUGUGGCAACUCAGACAAGUAUCCACUUGAGAAGAGACCGAGGUCAGAUUUCACCUGUUCGAAGCGCGCGCGCACUGCCUACACCGGCGCGCAGCUCGUGGAGCUGGAGAAGGAAUUUCAUUUCAGUCAUUACCUCUGCCGCUCGCGCCGAAAGGAGCUGGCCAGUCAGUUGAGCCUCACGGAGAGACAGAUUAAAAUAUGGUUCCAGAACCGGAGAAUGAAACACAAGAAGGAUCAGCUGGACGAGGGCAUCUUGUCUUCCCCGGAGGAACAGCAGUCACCCUGUAGUCCGAGGUCGUGGUCUCCAAGCGCUGCCAUUAGGCCUUUUGAAAGUGUCCGUCAUCAAUUCUCGGUCCAUCAUCUGGACCAUAACCCGCAUUAUGAGCCGCCAUCACCAGGAUAUGAUAAACUCCAUCCCGAUUACCAUUCCUCUGCGUCACAUACGGUCCCGUUGGGCAGCUUGUUGCCUACCUAUCCGUCUGUCCACAGUCAAGAAAGUGUCCAAAGGUGCACUGCGUCUGGUUAUGAUGCAAAUGGUAUUCAAGGCAGAUGGACGCACGGGCAAGGGAAAUCUCGGGGAGACGGCUACUACACAGAACAUAGGCCUACGUCUAAAACUGAUUCCGGAUUGACGAAUUUCUUUCAACCUUCCAGUAACAUCAUGGGCUUCCAGACGGAAACCAUUGGAGGUAAAGCUGGGGAGUUCGGCUUCAGUGGACAACCCAACACUGUCCGCACCAAUUUCACCACCAAACAGCUCACGGAGCUCGAGAAGGAGUUCCACUUCAACAAGUACCUCACGCGAGCCAGGCGGGUAGAAAUUGCCGCCUCUCUGCAGCUGAACGAGACCCAGGUGAAGAUAUGGUUCCAAAACCGGCGCAUGAAACAGAAAAAGCGCGAGAAAGAGGGCAUGCUGUCCUCCUCUUCCAAGUCCCCGUGCAACGCCGGGAGCAGUCCGGGGAAAGGCGACGACGGAUCUGAGAAAUCCCUCUCGAGCCCGUCAACGCCAUCGCCAGUCUCCUCCAGCUGAAGUUUACCACGUGCACCUGUCCGUAUAGGCAUCUCUCUGACAGACCCUUCGCAUGAUAAUCAUCACGAGGAGGUAUAGAACGCCUCCCCCAUGGUGUGAUCUAAAUUAUUAUCGGGAAAAACAAGAACAAUCACUUAUUUAGUAUGGGAAUUAGAUUAUUGUGCAUUUAUAUCAAAGCUGAAAGGGGCCUGCAGUUGCUGUGUUGUCCGUUUUGUCUGUCUGUCUGUCCGUCGGUGUGUAUAGUGUUUUGAGGUCCGCCUUUUGACUGUAUCAUGUGGUAUAGGCCGAAUGGCCCAAUGCGUAAAGUUUAUAUGUUUAAAUAGUCUAACUGAGUUUUAUCAGUAGCAGGAGAAACACACUUUUAUCUUUGUUAUAUUCUAUGAACUGCUUUACAAAAGAUUACGGGUCAAUGUCUAAAUUAAAAUAUCUGUUUGUUGCUAACUAAA